AUGAGUUACGACAAUAAGGACGAGAUACAAAUAGAAUCUGAAUUUAAUGAAUUGAAUAUUUCUGAUAGUAAUUCAAAUGGCAACCAUGAAAAUUGUUAUAAACCAAAUGAUGGCAAAUUAUGGUGUAAAGAAUGUGUUCCUCGUUAUAUGAUUGAAGGAUGGACCAGUGGAAAUAAUGGUAUUGAUGAAUUUAUCAAGGAUACGAUUUAUGAUGCAAAAAUUGGUUAUGAUGAUUAUGAUGAUGAUGAUGAUGAUAAUGAUGAUAGUGAUGGUGACGAUUAUCCAAUAUUUCUCGAAUGGGUACCAUUUGAUAAAUUUGAGGAUAUAAAGCAAAUUGGUGAAGGUGGAUUUUCCAAAGUAUAUUCUGCAAUAUGGAUUGACGGUAAAGCAAAAUAUAUUAAACAAAAUGAUGGAAGUUGGAAAAAAAAGGAACCAGAACCUAAGAAAAUUGCUUUGAAAAAAUUAAAUGAAUCACAAAAUAUUUCAGCUGAUUAUUUAAAUGAGAUUAAAAUAUUUUGGAAUUUUUAUUUAAAUGAAACUAGUGAUGUUUACUUAAAUUUUUAUGGAAUAACUAAAGAUACAAAAACUAAAGAAUUUAUGAUGAUCAUAGAAUUAGCAAAUCAAGGAAAUUUGAGAAGUGUUCUUUCAAAUGAUUUUAAUAAUAUUUUUUGGAAUGAGAAAUUAAGUAUCUUAUCUAAUAUGAUAUUUGACCUUAAAGGUUUACAUAAGCUGGGAUAUUUUCAUAAAGAUUUGCAUAGUGGAAAUGUAUUACAGGAUAAUGAACAUAAUGAACAUUCUUAUAUUUCAGAUUUUGGAUUAUCAAGGCCAUCAAAUGAACCAAGAUCAUAUGAUAAAAUUUAUGGAGUAUUACCAUAUAUUGCUCCAGAAGUUUUGAAUGGGGAACCAUAUACAUUAUCUUCUGAUAUCUAUAGUUUUGGUGUAAUUAUGACAGAAUUAUCAUCUGGAAAACCUCCUUUUCAUAAUAGAAAACAUGAUAUUAGCUUAGUAUUAGAAAUUUGCAAUGGAAUCAGACCUGAAUUUGGAAAGGGAACUCCUGAAAUUUAUAAAAAAUUAGCUUAUAGAUGUAUGAGUGCUAUUCCAAAUCAAAGGCCAACAGCUAGUGAAUUAUGUGAUAUAUUGGAUUUUUGGAAUUAUACUUUUGAAGAUGAAUAUCAAGAAGAAGAAAAAUUUGGCUAUAAAGGAAAAGAGAUUAAAACUGUAUUUGAUGAAGCUAAUAAAGAGAUACCAAAAAUCUCAACUACAUAUGAAAAAAAUCCUGAUGCAAUAUACACUAGUAGACUAUUCACAUUUAACAAUUUGCCAAAACCCAUCAAUUCAUCUAUUAUUACUUCAUAUCUUGAUGAUGAAGAUAAUAAAGAGGUUCCUAAUUAA